UCCCACAACCUGAAUAGUGGGCGGCAUAUAUAUAUACAGGACACAUCGGAAAUAUUGCCUUCACCUGCUCAGUUUCAACAUGCAGGGCCUCCUGCUCUUCUGCCUUGUGGCUCUGGCCGCAAGUCAAAGUGUCCAUUAUGAGCCUGGUCUGAGCCCGAAGAAAACAUAUAAGUACAAAUAUGUGGGAGACGUGAAUUUUGGACUCGGUAAACCCAACCUCGCUGAGUCUGCUACGAGAAUCUCAUGCAACAUCAAAAUCGCCGGUGCGUCUCAGCAAACCUUCAUCCUUCAGGUUUCAGAUUUUGCCUUCGAAGAUUUCAAUGGCGUUAAGGGAAGAAACCGCUUCACCGCUGUGCCAAAGCUCACCGAGCGCAUCGCCUCGCAGCUCGUCAAACCCUUCAUGUUUGACUAUGUCGGUGGACACGUUAGUAACAUCCGUACCUCUGCGAAGACUUCUGACACUAUCGUCAACCUUGUGAGAGGAAUACUGGGUCUGUUCCACGUGACCGUGAAGACCACACAGAGGAUCUAUGAGCUUGAAGAGUCUAGCAUCCAUGGCGUGUGUCCGAGCCAUUACGCCACUGAGGUGAACGAAGAAACAAAGGACAUGGCCGUCAUCCAGGUUGUGGAUAUCAGUAACUGCAGAGAGAAGGCAGCCAUCUACAAGGGAAUGGCCACCGCCGUGCUCGACGACGUCGGCAAACAGAGAGGGGAAUCUAUCGUUUCCACCGUGAGGUGUGUUUACACGGUCAAGCCGACGGCAGAUGGGGGUCUCAUCACCAGGGCCCACGGCCACGAGCAGCAGAACUUCAGUCCCUUCAACGUGAAGGGCGGCAACUUCAAGAUGGAAGCAGUGAAUGAGAUGGUGCUGCUCAGCGUGAAUGACACGGUGGGAGCCGUGGAGCCCGGGCCGAUGGAAAGCAAGGGCAACCUGGUUUUUAUGUUUACCGAUGCAGAAAUCAACCUCCCCAUUGUGAUGCAGAACCUCGAAGACCCGAUAACAAAGGCUGCUGAGUUGAUCAAGCAUCUGGCUGAGGCUAACCGUUAUCACAUUGAUAGCACGACAUCUGAGGACACGAUAAAGCUGUAUCAACUGCUGCGAGCGAUGCCCUAUGAAGGAUUGGACAUUUUGUGGAAGCAAUUUGCAGGAAAUGAAGAACAAAGACGUUGGUUCUUAGACAUGAUCGUGGAAAUCAACGAUGCCAGAAUCCUGAAGUUCCUGCAAGCGAGGUUCCAGGCGAGAGACGUGACCGCGAGUGAAGCUUGGCAGACCCUGCUGCUGGCGUUCAACCAUCUCCAGACUGAUGCUAACUUGGUUGAGAUGGCUAAAAUGUUCCUGGACAUGCCCUUCUGCAAAUCCGAUGUGGAGUUGUGGCACACUGUGGUGCUUUCCUAUGGCUCCCUGGUCUACAAGCACUGUGCCUAUGCUACACCGUGUCCGGCAGCUACUGUUCAGCCACUGCUGGACAUGGCCGUGGAAAGUUUGAGGAUCCGUAACCACGACGACAUGGUCCUCGCUCUGAAAGCCCUGGGGAACGCGGGUCAUCCAAGCAGCCUUAAAACCAUCAUGCGCUUUCUCCCCGGAGUUGCUGCCACGCCCGUGGAUCUGCCGCCUCGUGUGCUGAGCGCCGCCGUGCAGUCUAUGAGGCUCAUAGCUGCCAGAGACCCUCUCAGUGUUCAGGACAUCACCAUGAGUCUGUUCCUGCAGAAAAACAAUCCCACCGAGAUUCGCAUGCUAGCAUUCAUGAUCCUGUUUGACACUAAACCGUCAAUGGCCGUGGUGUCCAUUGUGACUGUACAUCUGCAGGAGGAAAAAAACCUCCAUGUUAUUAGUUUUGCAUACUCGUACUUGAAAAGCGUUUCCAGAUCCAGCACCCCAAACAACCACUUCCUCUCAACCGCCUGCAACGUAGCGGUGAAAAUCCUGGGCCCCAGAUACAGCCGUCUCAGCUAUCACUACAGCAAAGCGAUACACAUGGACUGGUUUAAUGAUGAUUUCUUAAUUGGCACGGCCACUGAAGUAUUCAUGCUGAGAAGUGCAACAAACAUCUUUCCAACUGAAAUCCUGAUGAAAGGAGAAUUUUAUUUUAUCGGUAGAAUUCUGCAGCUGAUGGAGUUGGGUAUCCGUGCCGAUGGGCUCAAGGAGCUGUUUGCAAACGGCAUCCCUGGUUUUAAAGGAGAUCUUGGUUUCAGUGACUUUCAGGCCGUUCUCAAUGUGCUUAAAAACUGGGAGGUUCUGCCCAAUGACAAGCCUGUCCUGAGCGCAUAUUCACGGGCCUCCGGACAAGAGUGGUUCUUCGCUGAUCUUAAGAAAGAAACCAUCCAGAACAUCGUCAAGUUCUUCCGUCAAUCUGCAAGCAAAGGGAGUUUCCUGUGGGCCGCGAUUGAGAAUCUACAGAAGGGAGUGUCGUGGCACCGUACCAAGCCCUUCCUGAUCGUUGAGGUUCGCUACUUCCAAGCUACUAUCCUUGGUCUCCCAUUGGAGAUAAGCAAAUAUUAUGAGACCAUCAAUGGAAUCAGUGUAAAUGCCACAGCCUCGAUCAAUCCCCCACUGACUGAACGUCUUGGACAACUGUUUACGUCUGACAUUUCGCUGGAGACUGACGGUUUCAUUGGUUAUACAAAGGAUUUCUGGCUUUACUACGGUAUCAAUACAGAGCUGUUCCAAUGCGGUUCUGAGUUUAAAGCCAAAACACCUAUUGCAAUCCCAUGGAAGUUUUCUGCCAAGAUCAACAUUGCAAAGAAGAAGUUUGAACUCAACUUCCCUCCAUGUAAAAAAGAGUUUAACCUCCUCUCAUUGAGCUCCAACGUGUAUGCAGUCAGCAGGAACAUCGAAGAGCCAGAUUUGGAUAAAAGGACUCCAAUGAUUCCAGACUCCAACGAUGAAGUCUUCCAGAAAGGCCCAACAGUUGAGACGGCUCAGACAGAUCAGAUCCUGACACAAGGCAACUGGACACAAAAAGACAAAAUGUGUGUUGAGAGUAACAUUUAUGGAGCCGGUGUCUGCGUGGAGUAUGACUUAAGGAGGGAAUUUUAUCAUGACGAAUAUCCCCUGUACUAUUUCCUGGGAUACACCCACGUGGCAGUCAAAGUACUACCAGCCCAAGCCAUCAAUGCUGUUGACAAAAUCCACUUUGAGAUUAAUGCCGGCCCGAGCAGCCAUCCAGCCAGCGCACAGGAACUGCUUGAGUCUCUUUCUCAGAUGGGAAAUUCAACAUUUGAAGCCGUGUUCAAUGUCAAUGCAUUUGCCGUGAGUGGCGCCAAGAAGCCAGAGGGUUACAAUGCAGUCUUCUACUACACCACCGAAGAAGUGAAAAAAACCCAGCUGGUUGUGUCUCAUGUUAAAGAAAACAGCAACUGGAAGAUAUGCAUCGAUACCUCUGUGAAGGCCCUUGUCGGUGCAAAGGCAAACAUUAAAUGGGGAGCGGAAUGUCAGUCCUAUGAAAUGUCAAUAACAUCUGAAACUGCGCAUCUGCCUGGCACCUUGCCGACAAUCAAGGCCAAAAUACACUGGAGCAGGAUGCCAGAGAAGGUGACACAGGCUUGCUCAAGACUUGAAAGCUACAUUCCAGGUAUGGCUCUGCUUCUCAACUUCUACCAAAAACAAGAGAAAAAUGCCGGGCAGGAGAUUUCCGCAUCAGUAAUCGCCAGCUCAGCAGACAGCAUUGAUGUGAGGAUUCAAUUACCAGAGUACACGAUCUUCCGCCAAGCCAUUUCAUUUCCAAUGCCACCAGUCAUCUUUCAGGAGUUUGAACAUGACAACACAACAAUGGACAGCUUUGGACGUGCAUAAAAAACAUCAAAAAGCCAACAAAGCCCAGAUGGGAGCCAGAUGCCUCUAUUCACAGUGAUAACGCUGCAACCAACUGUGAUGAAAGUGGGAAUCAUAAAAGAUGCAUCAGUGAUCCGUCAGAUGUCAUCAGUUUGGAAAUAACCUGUAAAGGUCAUGAGUAAUUCAUUAUAAAGCAUGGUCAUAUUUUGGGAAUCCUAUUUAGAAUAUUGUGUAAAUUCAUGCUUAUGUUGCAAAAUAUUUUAUCUUCAUAAUUGACUCACUCAAACUUGUUUUAGCCAGUUCUUUUAUUUGGAUUCUAUCUAUUUAAAUCUAAAUCUGUAUGUAUGUGUAUUCAGAAAUAAAUGAUUGAUGUACGGUAUUAUUGUAACUGGGGUUUGAUCUUUGCUCGUUAAUAAAUAUCAAAAUAUCCA